GCAGACGGGCGCUAUGCCCACGCGCGCGCCAUCCUCGGCCUGGAGCUGCACGAGAAGUUGCCUACCCUGAAGGUCUUGCUCGUCGGUGCGGGCGGCAUUGGUUGCGAAGUGCUGAAGAACAUUGUCCUUGCCGGCUUCGGAAAUAUCACUCUGUUGGACUUGGACACAAUCGACUUGUCCAACUUGAACAGGCAGUUUCUGCUCAGAAAGAAGGAUGUGAAGCAGAGCAAGGCGCAGGUGGCGGCGCGCACCGCAGCGGCUUUCAACCCGCACGUCAACAUCAUUCCUGUGCACAGAAACAUCAAGGACCCUCAUUAUGAUCUCGCAUGGUUCUCGAACUUCGAUAUUGUGCUCAACGCGCUCGACAACCUCGAUGCGCGGAGGCACGUCAACAAGAUGUGCAUGGCCGCCAACAUCCCGCUCGUCGAGUCCGGCACUGCUGGCUAUCUGGGUCAAGUUCAACCCAUCAUCAAGGAUCGCACAGAAUGCUUCGAUUGCGUACAGAAACCCACGCCCAAGACUUUCCCAAUAUGCACGAUCCGCUCGACGCCCUCGCAGCCCAUACACUGCAUCGUAUGGGGGAAGAGCUACCUUCUGCCUCAGCUGUUCGGCCAAGACGAGAACGCGACAGAUGAUCUCGACGAUGCGCUUAGAGCAGGUGAAAACGCGCAUGAGAUCGAUGCCCUGAAGAGAGAAGCCCUCGCAUUCAAGGCCGUGCGUGCCGCGUUGCGCUCAGCAGACCGCGCUUCGGAGGCACCAAAGCUCGUCUUUGAGAAGGUGUUCGACAGGGACAUCCGCAACCUUUUGUCAAUGGAGGAUAUGUGGAGACACCGCGCGAAGCCCACACCCCUUGACUUCGACGCGAUUCGGGACGACCGGUUCGAGUUACGCGGCCAGAAGGCUAGCCAGGUUGCGCUUGCGGUUAACGGCGCGACAUCCGCGAACGCGAAUGGCACUAGCACUGCUACUAACGGAGCUUCCAAUGGAGCUUCGACUAGCGCAAGCGCUAAGCUGAAGGAUCAGCCCUCAUUGUCCCUGCGUGAUAGCUGGGAGAUCGCAAGCGCUAAGCUGAAGGAGCAGCCCUCAUUGUCCCUGCGUGAUAGCUGGGAGAUGUUUGUAGCGAGCACGCAGAAACUUGCCGUACGUGUACAGGCCGGCGAAGAGACCAUCUCCUUUGACAAGGACGAUGACGACACGCUUGACUUUGUCACCUCUGUAGCGAACCUGAGGUCUGCUGCUUAUGGGAUCCCCGGCAAGAGUAGAUGGGAGGUCAAAGAGAUGGCGGGUAGCAUUAUCCCCGCGAUUGCAACAACCAAUGCGAUCGCGUCGGGUUUGAUCGUCUUACAAGCGUUACACGUCUUACGCAAGUCUUAUAAUGCGCUCAAGGACGUCCAUAUCCUCUUCAAGCCCACAAAACCUCUCACUCCUGGUAUCAAGGUCCCGCCAAUCCCCACCUGCGGGGUGUGUCGCGACGCGUAUGGGCUCUUACGAUGCGAUCCCACACGCGUAACACUCGGCCAGGUCGUAGAAGCUGUUACUGCUGGUAUCCGGUGGGGUACCACAAGUGACGGUGACGGCGACGUCAGCAUGGAGGCGCCGGAAGUCAGCACCUAUGAGGGGCAGAGGUUACUCAGUGACCCUGAUUUCGAUGAUAAUCUCGGGAGGACGCUCGAGAGUUUGGGUGUUACGCGUGCAAAAUUCCUUACCAUUCAGGAUGAAGAUGGCGUGUAUGACCACCCCGCGGACGCACCACCGAUGAUCCUACCCUCGCCGAUGCCCACACCGGCCAAGCGCCCAGUGAAGCCCGCGCCAAAAGUAGAAGCGUCGUCCGCUGCCUCACUCGGUAAGCGGGGAGCUCCCGAUGAUGAUAUCGAGUCGAGCCAGCCGGCGAAGAAGGUCGCGCGUGGUUUACCAUCCGGACCCGCCACAUCGAACAAGCGCCGUCCGUUGGAAGAAGACGAACGCGUAUUGCUAGAAGAGCAGAAUGAGAAGGUCGACGACGACGAUGCUGUCAUUGAAUUGGAUUGA